AAUCAGAAUGGCGGCGCCCAUCGGUUUGUAACUUGUAAUUUCUCGCAGUCUGUUAAAAACCAGAUAUAUCUUUAAAUCAUUGCGCUGAACGGUUUGAGGUAGCAAUUAAGUACAAAGAAAAAAACGGGUUGUUUGUUCAGCGCUACAAUGGAACUAGUGUACGUGACAGAAUGGCCGAAAACUGAUGUAAAUUUAUGUUCCAAGAAGCUGAUUGGAGAUACGGCCUGCAGCUGGUCCUGCCGGAAUAUCCUGGCCUUCAGUACGGUCAGCAACACGAAGGCCUUGGAGAAAGAGAUCUAUCGGCCCAAGAUACACAUUGUGGACCCAGACAGACCGUGGGAACUGCACAGCAUAACCGGUGUCCACAAGGAUCUGAUCCAGGUACUCCAAUGGAACGCCAGCGGUACCCAGUUCUUGUCCGGCGACAGUUCGGGGACCUCUGCGCUCUGGCAGAUGAAGAACCACCUCCUGAAUGACUGGGAGAGUGUCGCUGAAAGCCAUGUGGCUGGGGAGCCAAUUGUGGCUCUGGGAUGGCUGCAUAGUGGAGUCAAGAUAUCCUACAAUGUUGACAACAUCGACUCCCCCAUUAUGCUGGACAAGUUCACCCGGUCUCGCUUCACCCCUUCCCUACCCCAGGUGGGGACCAAGCCAGCCAGUGGGUGGAUAACCGUCACCUCUACAGGCCUGGUAUCAGUGACUGUGCUGAAGAAUGGCGGAGGCACUAUCACAGUGACUGAGUGCCUGGGCAACACACGAUGCCAUGCCGAGCUGGCCGACAUUGCUUACUCCAGCUCUGGUGACAUCCUGAUUGCCACAUCAGACGGGAGUUGCCGGAGUCCCGUCCAAGUCUACAAAGUCAUCCUGAGCUGGAAAGAAGCUCUAACAGACAAGGUGUGCAUUGAGACUGACUACUUGCCAUCGCUCCAUGUGCAGUGCUGUGUUGACCUCGGUAACAAGGACAAAUACGUAACCAUCACCCAUCUGAGAUUCAUCAACAAAGAGUGUUACGAAGAGGAGAGUACGUCCCUCCCAGCAGAGCAACUCAUCAUAUCUGCAAUCGGUUCCUCCGGUUCCUGCGUUGAGUUCUGGAGUCUUAGCAAAGAGUUCAUCCCAUUGAAUAAGAUCUUCCAGACAAGCCCCCCUCCCUCAAGGGAGUCACAGCCGACUACACAAAAAUGGGUGUUUGGUUCUUGCUACACCAACACUGCGGCAGUGACCGGCCUGUGUCUGCCCAAGCUACCGGUCAAGCUGUCCAGUAAAUCCAUCUACAACGGGCCCGGUAUGGUCAUGGCCGUGGCAUUCCAAGAUGGCAGCGUCAAGCUGCUCCAUAGAGUUUCUUUGAAGCCGUGUGCGCCCUUUAAGUACGAAGGGGCCAAAGUGGAUACCGGAUCACAAGCGAAGAGACAGAAAGUCUACAACGGCAAGCAUCUGGUGUGCAUGGAGAUGUCCAGUACGUGCUGCAGCAUCAUGGCUAUAGACCGCAUGGGGGCGCUGUGUCUGAUCAAGAUCGCGCCGACCCUGGGACAGGCCCUCGACCAAGGUGCCGCUAGGGCCCACACCAUUGCCCAGGUAGUAAACCUGUUGGAGUAUAGUCUGGUGACUGGCUAUGAGUGGUGGGAUCUGCUGCACACAAUCACACCAGGUAUGGUUGACACAGUGAUAGACCGGCUGACAGAGGCCUUCAACAGACAAGCCAAGUCCACCCAGGAACUGCUCUUCUCUCGUCUGGUGGCCGUUAAAGGAUCUCUCCACAGAAUGACUUCUAGCGGAGCAGGCAAGUCCGUUGACUGCUACUGUAAGCUGCUUCUCAACGCCAUCUCAUCAGAGUUCAAGUCGCUCCUCAGACCAUCCAGCGUCUCCACUCAAGACAAGUCACCCACUGAAAAACUCGCAGCUAUCUGUGCCCACAGCAGUGAGCUGGAUCUCAACAAGGUCCUCCUGAACCUAGACGCCAAGGAGUUCGCUUUGGAUCCUAAUACUCUGCAGUCCUUACAGCAGUUGAUCCAGUGGAUUGCAGACUAUUGUCUCCACACGCUGAGCACCGUACCUCAGCAAGCGUCCAACCCGACCAAACCAGGGAUAAGUAUAUUGAGAGACACGUCAACGCUGUGCUUACUGCGCGAGAUGCUGGUACUCGUCAAGGUGUGGGGAAUGCACAAGAAGACUUGUUUACCGGUCUUCUCAACCACACCAGAAUCUUUCGAUACUGUGUCCCAUCUGUACAAGCUCAUAACCCAAGUCUGGUUGGCCAGCAAGGAGAUCCCACCUGCAGAGCUCGAUGACAACACGGUGGAUGAGUGCUGUCUCUUGCCCAGCCAAAUCAUCAUGCAACCACUGGAUGUGACACCUGUUACAGAAGGAAUCACCGGUAAGCUGCUGAUCCUGCGCCAGGCCAUGAGUUUCCAGUUCCACACCGCGCCGUCCCACAUGGUCAACAUAGCCACCUUCGGUCACAGCCUGAACAUCUUCCCGGGGUCAGAGGUCAACGUCCGGUCGCUGACCGACAGGAUCCACCAGAAGACGGACGUGGUCCGCCGGCUCUACCUUGGGGUGUCACCGCCAGAGGAAAUCCGAAGUUGCACCAGAUGUUCUUCCAUCUCAAUGUUGAACUCGCCGAGUCGUUCGUCGGCCAUGAAGUCGUGGGAGCAGCGCUGGGCAAAAUCUUGCCUCUGCGGUGGUCUUUGGAGAAAGGUGAUCGUGGAGUGAGACAGUGGAAUUUCGGACUCUUGCCUCUAUUCAGCAGUUGGACCCUCACAUCUUCGAUCUUGGGGAGCUUUAUGUAUCCGGAGCACCACUGGAUUGUCUUCUUGACCUCUGCUCCCCUCUCCUCGAGCAAUGGAACGUUCCC